AUGUCCUGGGUAGUAAAUUUAGCGGAAAAGGGUGGAACCUUCCUAAACACUCUUGAUGGUCGCGUGGCUGAACUUCUCAAGGCCGACGAAAAGACGUCUGCAAAUCGCACGGUGCAGGAAGAAGUCGAUAGAAGGUCACCACCACUACCGCCCUCAUCAUCGUCUUCUCCUGCCUUCCCGUCAUCGGCUGUGUCUUCUUCCGGUCUGAGCAAGCCUGAACGAGAAAUCCCCAAAACGCAGUGA